AUCGACCAUUGCGAGCUUAUUUACAGAUUGAACCAUCUGUUCUCUGCUGCUGGUUGUCAGCCGGUUAUGGUGAAAAACUAAAGUUGUAAAAGUGUUGAAAAACUGGUUGAAGCGCGUGUGUUUUAUUUGCAGCAGCGGGCUGCUCAGGCUCUGACUCAACACCUCUGUGGAUCUGCUGACAGGCGAGUCUCACUUCCUCUCUCUGACGGGACAGGUCUCCUCUUCCCGGUGCUACCAGGAAAGAUCAUGCGACCUCAUUAUUUGGAGACCAGUCUGCCGUGAGCUGUGUGUGUGUGACAGCAGCAGCUGGAGUCAGGAUGGAGGUUUUGAACAGAGCUGCAGCUACCUGCAUCCUGACGCUGUGUUUCGCCUGUUUGCACGUGAUUGCCCUCAGAUCACAACUUUUCACCAGGCAUGGUGGGUUACCUUUCUCCACUGAGCCCCCCAUCACUUAUGAGACAUUUUAUUUUGAUCAGAGGAUCGAUCACUUUGGAUUCCUUGAGGAUGGCACCUUCAAACAGAGAUACCUCGUGGCUGCCGAGCACUGGCAGCAGCCUGGAGGACCCAUUCUGUUCUACACCGGCAACGAAGGCGACAUCACCUGGUUCUGCAACAAUACCGGCUUCAUGUGGGAAAUUGCAGAGGAGCUGGGCGCCAUGCUGGUUUUUGCAGAACAUCGUUACUAUGGAGAGUCCCUGCCGUUUGGACAGGACUCUUACAGUGACAGCAAACACCUGAACUACCUGAGCUCGGAGCAGGCCCUGGCAGAUUUUGCAGUGCUGAUUCGGAGCCUGAAGCAGACUUUACCUGGAGCCCAGCACAGCCCCGCCAUCGCUGUGGGAGGGUCCUACGGAGGGAUGCUCUCCGCCUGGUUCAGGAUGAAAUAUCCCAAUAUAGUUGUUGGAGCUCUGGCAGCCUCCGCACCAAUAUGGCAGUUCCCCGGUAUGGUACCAUGCGGAGACUUCUACAAAGUAGUGACACAGGACUUUGCCAGAAGUGGGUACAACUGUGACGCAAACAUCAGAAAGUCAUGGAAAGCCAUCAAUAAUGUCUCCUCCUCUGCUUCUGGUCUUCAGUGGCUGUCAGAAGAAUUCAGUUUGUGUGCUCCUCUCAAAAACAAGUACCAAGCUGUCGUCUUCAAGAACUGGCUUCAGGACACCUGGGUCAAUCUGGCCAUGGUGGAUUAUCCCUACGAAGCGAAUUUCCUUCAGCCACUCCCUCGCUGGCCGAUCCAGGUGGUGUGCAAAAAUCUGGCGUUUGAUUCCACUGUGUCCGACCGCCAGCUGCUGCACGGUGUCUCCCAAGCAGCAAAGGUGUACUACAACUUCACCGGCAGCUCGUCUUGUCUCAACACAUCUCAGACAGCCACCAGCAGCCUGGGCUUACUCGGCUGGUUUUACCAGUCCUGCACGGAGAUGGUGAUGCCCAUGUGCACAGAUGGCGUCCAGGACAUGUUUGAACCCGAGGAGUGGAACUUCCAGGCCUUCUCCGACGAGUGUAACGUCAUAUUUGGUGUCAGGCCGCGAGCAGAUUGGGCAGAUAUCGUCUACGGUGGGAAGAACAUCGCCUCUCACAGCAACAUCAUCUUCAGUAAUGGAGGACUUGACCCUUGGUCAGCUGGUGGAGUGACUCACAACAUAACAGACUCUCUGGUUUCUAUUAUGAUUCCUGAUGGCGCGCAUCACCUGGACCUCCGCUACAGCAAUGACCAUGACCCGCCUUCAGUCCGCCAAGCUCGGGCAUUAGAGGUGAAGUAUUUCCGAGAGUGGAUCAAGCAGGCUAAAAAGAAACAUCAUCCUGCAUGAAGCCACUAGUCGCUAACAGCAGAACAAUGUUACACAAUCAGGAAAAAAAAACACCAAACACAGCGCUGUCCAACUUCAAUCAGUGAGACAGAAUAAUUCACAGGGUGACCGAGUCUUCAUGCCAAAGUUAAUACGUUCUUAAAAAUCAAUGUUGAAGAUGAUUUUGAAUGUCACCUCACUCUUGAUUUUCUUGGUAAAAAUCAAAAUUGUACACACGCCUUUUCUUUUUGCCAAAGUACAUUUUUCCAAAGGCUCAGAGACAGAAGGCUACACAAGCAUUGGCAAAAAAGGAGAUGUGUUUGUUGAUUACAGUGUUGAAGAGUGGGAAACAUGUGUUUUCAUGUAAUCACAUUUUCAGUAUCAAAAGGGGGGAGUGCCUCUUUAUUUAUUUUUUUAAAGUUCAAACACAAUCAGGAUCUGUCUUCCUCCGAGUCACUGUUCAAAUCAGGGAAACAUUCAGAGUCAUUCUCUUCUGUCAAUUUAAUUUUUCCCCUUUGCUUUCAUCAAAAAGACGUUUCUGUUGUCGGUCUCAUCGGUUUGUCUUUUGUCAUCAGGUGUAUUUGUUUUUCUGCAUUUCUCACAUCAUUCUCAGGAAAAGGGUUUGACACCAAAUAGAAAAAACAUUGAAAAUGCUCACAGUGUAAUAAUAAACUUGAUUUGUGCCUUCAUCACAUUUUUAUAUUUUUAAUUCGGGUUGUCUUAUGCCGCCUUCUCUUUAUUUGAUGUUAUUCCCAAGAAAACCUUUCUUUUGAUUAAAAACUUUUAAAAA